AUGCCCUGGUUGAUGAAAGCCGAGCCCGAUUCGAGGAUAGUCAAGGGCAAAGAUGUAAAGUUCUCGGUAGAUGAUUUUGAGAAGAUAGGAACUUCACCAUGGGACGGAGUAAGGAAUCACGAAGCGAAGAAGAUCAUGAAAGAGCGUAUGAAAUUAGGUGAUCAGGUACUGUUCUACCAUAGUAAUUGUAAAGUCCCAGGGGUGUUCGCAAUUGCAGAAAUAGCCAAGGAAGGAUAUCCAGACUAUACAGCUUGGGAUCCUAAACAUCCUUAUCAUGAUCCUAAAUCGAAGGAAGAUGAUCCAACAUGGUAUAUGGUAGACGUAAAGUUCAUACGUCGUCUCGCUCAUCCACCAACACUACAACUAAUCAAACAUCUCGCUUCUUUAUCAUCUUCAAAUUUACCAAAGGAGAUAUCGUAUAUAGGUAAAGAUGGAUUAGAAGCCAUACGGUCGAUGCAACUCGUCAAUCGAGGGAGGUUGAGUGUUCAGCCCGUCGAACAACUCGCUUUUGAUAGUAUAGUCAAACUGGGAGAGCAAGGAGGAUGGGAUGAUCUGGUUGAUCAGAAACAAAAAGGAAAAUCGAAGACCACUUCGGUAUCAUCAACGCCGACCACGAAGAAAAGCAAAGGUGAUGAAGCGGCGGUUGAAAAGCCGAUUUCGAUUGCGAAAACGGAGCCAACGAAGGAAGAAACACCAGCGUCAGCGUCAGCGACCAAAAGGUCGGAACCUUCGAGUAUGAAAGGUGCUAAGCAGAAGGAUCCGCCUCUAAGUGAUAGUAAAGGGGAAAGAAGAAGUAAGAGGAUAAAAGUGAAUUGA